AAGAACGGUAUGAAAGGCCCGCUCACCGCACAUGACAUCAGAAAGAUGAUUCAGGACGAGAACGCCAUGUUUGCCGAGGACCGCGAGAUUUUGCUGCGGAAAAAUAAGGAUCGCCAUACGUACAAACCCAUAAACGUGCGUGCUCCGAUGAGCAAGGUGUUCCAAAAGUUUGCCAAGGUCCUUAAGCUGAACAGGAUGCUUUUUCCUCAUCCUGAGCGCACCAUCACGCUCGAUGGCAAGCCAGUCAUCUGGGAAACUCAGUUCGAAGAGACCCCUUACAACGUUCUCUCAGAAAAUCGGCUUCUCGAGUUCAUGGAGUUUGACCCCCAGUUCGUCGAAGACCUUACCCGCAAGCACCGCAACAUUAUAUCGAGUCUUUCCAAACGCCCGGUGGGUUUCUACCGCGGAGCAGGGUACACCAUGGUUGGCGGUGGAAUGUAUACGUGGUAUGCGUAUCUGUCGAUCAGAUCACUGAGGAAAUCCGGCUCGACACUGCCGGUCGAGGUGGUCAUUCCCCAGGAUAGCCAAUACGAGCCGAAACUGUGCGACGAGAUUUUUCCAAACGAACUAAACGCAUCCUGCGUGAGACUUUCGCAGGUCUUGGGAAACGACACUCUGCAAUCGCUGGGAGAAUUAAAAGGCUACCAGCUCAAGUCCUUUGCGAUGCUGGCGAGCUCGUUCGAGGACAUGAUGUACCUGGACUCGGACAAUUUUGCCGUGUCAAACCCAGACCAUUUAUUUGAGUCGAACUUGUACAAGAAGUUCCGCAUGGUGACCUGGCCCGACUUCUGGAGAAGGACCAGCUCUCCGCUUCUGUACAAGAUCCUCAACAUCAAGGUUGGCAAUCUUCCAGUGCGGCGACUCAACGAUUUCUUUACGCCAACAGAAAAAUACGUUACGAAGGAAGAACUGAUUGAAGUCGAGGACAAGAUCAAUUUCCAUGAUAGACUGGGUGCGCUUCCCGAGUGGAGCUCGGAGAGCGGCCAAAUCCUCAUCAACAAAAAAGAGCAUUUCAACACGCUUUUGCUGUCAUUGUAUUACAAUUUCGACGGCCCCGCUGGUUACCACCCGCUGCUGUCCCAGGGCGGAGCUGGAGAAGGCGACAAGGAGACGUUGGUUCUGGCAGCCCACGUUCUCAGGAAACCUUACUACCAGGUUUAUCGCAAGCCUGACAAGCUUUACGGCACAUUUAUCAAGCACGCCAAGUUUUUUGUCGACUCCACCAUUGUUCAAUUCGAUCCUGUAGUCGACUACGAAACUCUCAAGAAAGCUGUGAAAAAGAACAUACAGAACAUGGACAAUUUGCAGAGCGCGUAUGUCUACAGCUAUAUGCAUGCGUUCGGAAACUUUGCGUUUGAAGAUUCCCCUGGAAAACCUCUCUUCUACCAUAUCCAUAAUCCGAAGAUGAAUCCUUUCGACUAUGUUGAAAGAAAUUUAUUUACAGACCCAAAUGAUAAGGAGCUCCGUAACUUUGGGAAGAACUUCCCCCAGAUCGGAUAUGACAUUGAGCUAUGGAUAUGGGAGCUGGUGCUGGAAACGCUGUGCGAGAGGAAACUGGAGUUUGCCGGGUUCAGAGACAGAGACAUGGCGCAGAUUUGCAAUAACUCUCUUGUAACAGGCCGAUUAGAGUAUCUCAGAAAAACAGGCGCGGAAUUACUGAGCGGUUCUCAGGUGCCACAAAUUGACGUGACUGAAGACCCUGAAUUAGACCAGUACAUUUUUGACAAGAUCA